AUGGAGCACUUACUUGCCCGGAAAAAGUCUUUGUCGUCUCUUGGUCGCAAGCGGUCGAACUCUACCACGUCCACGACACCUAACGAUCAGAAGCCGAGGGAAGAGAAAAGUGCGCCCUACAAGGGUCCGCGCUAUAAGACCCUGCUUGCAACUAAGGGUAGUUUCAUGGAUAAAUCGGAUCUCGGUAUCACAGAAAUAAGCAAGAAAACAUAUUUUACCUUGCUCAGUGCGGAGCAGGCAACUCCAAAUGGAUCUGUAUUUCGAGACGACCUCUUUGAACAGACAUGCCGAAGUGUGGAGGACAGGAAAGAAGCAAGGGUCUUGCGGGAUAUCACACCAUUGAUUAGUGUCAACGAGGGCUGGAACAACUCAAUCCCCUUGACCGGCACUCGUCCCCAACCUGACUACUCUGUGGGCUUCGGACGCGAGGCAUUCACUGACGACCAGCUCGCCAAGUUAUCACCAUUCCUUGGCGUCUUUAUCGCUGGUGACCGAUCCUUCUUCAUGGGCACGUACUACAUGUACUUCUCAUCUCACAUUGGAACAUUCAGCGAGCGACACAUCAUUGUUUCCAGCAAGACUGACGCGUGGGGUAAGACACCCGGGUUAAUCAAUACCAAAAUAAAGAUGUGA